AUGCGUUACGAGUGCGGGCGCGGCGUGAAGCGCGCGGACGACGCGGGCGCGCUGCUGCGACGCUGCGCUGGCGUGGCGCGCGUCGCCCGCCGCUGGGCCACCGCCAUGCUGCACGUGCGCCUGCACCUCGCCUACAGGCUCGCGCACGACGGCACGCUCUCUCUGCACGUGAGUACUCUACACUCACAGGCGCGCGUCGCCCGCCGCUGGGCCACCGCCAUGCUGCACGUGCGCCUGCACCUCGCCUACAGGCUCGCGCACGACGGCACGCUCUCUCUGCACGUGAGUACUCUACACUCACAGGCGCGCGUCGCCCGCCGCUGGGCCACCGCCAUGCUGCACGUGCGCCUGCACCUCGCCUACAGGCUCGCGCACGACGGCACGCUCUCUCUGCACGUGAGUACUCUACACUCACAGGCGCGCGUCGCCCGCCGCUGGGCCACCGCCAUGCUGCACGUGCGCCUGCACCUCGCCUACAGGCUCGCGCACGACGGCACGCUCUCUCUGCACGUGAGUACUCUACACUCACAGGCGCGCGUCGCCCGCCGCUGGGCCACCGCCAUGCUGCACGUGCGCCUGCACCUCGCCUACAGGCUCGCGCACGACGGCACGCUCUCUCUGCACGUGAGUACUCUACACUCACAGGCGCGCGUCGCCCGCCGCUGGGCCACCGCCAUGCUGCACGUGCGCCUGCACCUCGCCUACAGGCUCGCGCACGACGGCACGCUCUCUCUGCACGUGAGUACUCUACACUCACAGGCGCGCGUCGCCCGCCGCUGGGCCACCGCCAUGCUGCACGUGCGCCUGCACCUCGCCUACAGGCUCGCGCACGACGGCACGCUCUCUCUGCACGUGAGUACUCUACACUCACAGGCGCGCGUCGCCCGCCGCUGGGCCACCGCCAUGCUGCACGUGCGCCUGCACCUCGCCUACAGGCUCGCGCACGACGGCACGCUCUCUCUGCACGUGAGUACUCUACACUCACAGGCGCGCGUCGCCCGCCGCUGGGCCACCGCCAUGCUGCACGUGCGCCUGCACCUCGCCUACAGGCUCGCGCACGACGGCACGCUCUCUCUGCACGUGAGUACUCUACACUCACAGGCGCGCGUCGCCCGCCGCUGGGCCACCGCCAUGCUGCACGUGCGCCUGCACCUCGCCUACAGGCUCGCGCACGACGGCACGCUCUCUCUGCACGUGAGUACUCUACACUCACAGGCGCGCGUCGCCCGCCGCUGGGCCACCGCCAUGCUGCACGUGCGCCUGCACCUCGCCUACAGGCUCGCGCACGACGGCACGCUCUCUCUGCACGUGAGUACUCUACACUCACAGGCGCGCGUCGCCCGCCGCUGGGCCACCGCCAUGCUGCACGUGCGCCUGCACCUCGCCUACAGGCUCGCGCACGACGGCACGCUCUCUCUGCACGUGAGUACUCUACACUCACAGGCGCGCGUCGCCCGCCGCUGGGCCACCGCCAUGCUGCACGUGCGCCUGCACCUCGCCUACAGGCUCGCGCACGACGGCACGCUCUCUCUGCACGUGAGUACUCUACACUCACAGGCGCGCGUCGCCCGCCGCUGGGCCACCGCCAUGCUGCACGUGCGCCUGCACCUCGCCUACAGGCUCGCGCACGACGGCACGCUCUCUCUGCACGUGAGUACUCUACACUCACAGGCGCGCGUCGCCCGCCGCUGGGCCACCGCCAUGCUGCACGUGCGCCUGCACCUCGCCUACAGGCUCGCGCACGACGGCACGCUCUCUCUGCACGUGAGUACUCUACACUCACAGGCGCGCGUCGCCCGCCGCUGGGCCACCGCCAUGCUGCACGUGCGCCUGCACCUCGCCUACAGGCUCGCGCACGACGGCACGCUCUCUCUGCACGUGAGUACUCUACACUCACAGGCGCGCGUCGCCCGCCGCUGGGCCACCGCCAUGCUGCACGUGCGCCUGCACCUCGCCUACAGGCUCGCGCACGACGGCACGCUCUCUCUGCACGUGAGUACUCUACACUCACAGGCGCGCGUCGCCCGCCGCUGGGCCACCGCCAUGCUGCACGUGCGCCUGCACCUCGCCUACAGGCUCGCGCACGACGGCACGCUCUCUCUGCACGUGAGUACUCUACACUCACAGGCGCGCGUCGCCCGCCGCUGGGCCACCGCCAUGCUGCACGUGCGCCUGCACCUCGCCUACAGGCUCGCGCACGACGGCACGCUCUCUCUGCACGUGAGUACUCUACACUCACAGGCGCGCGUCGCCCGCCGCUGGGCCACCGCCAUGCUGCACGUGCGCCUGCACCUCGCCUACAGGCUCGCGCACGACGGCACGCUCUCUCUGCACGUGAGUACUCUACACUCACAGGCGCGCGUCGCCCGCCGCUGGGCCACCGCCAUGCUGCACGUGCGCCUGCACCUCGCCUACAGGCUCGCGCACGACGGCACGCUCUCUCUGCACGUGAGUACUCUACACUCACAGGCGCGCGUCGCCCGCCGCUGGGCCACCGCCAUGCUGCACGUGCGCCUGCACCUCGCCUACAGGCUCGCGCACGACGGCACGCUCUCUCUGCACGUGAGUACUCUACACUCACAGGCGCGCGUCGCCCGCCGCUGGGCCACCGCCAUGCUGCACGUGCGCCUGCACCUCGCCUACAGGCUCGCGCACGACGGCACGCUCUCUCUGCACGUGAGUACUCUACACUCACAGGCGCGCGUCGCCCGCCGCUGGGCCACCGCCAUGCUGCACGUGCGCCUGCACCUCGCCUACAGGCUCGCGCACGACGGCACGCUCUCUCUGCACGUGAGUACUCUACACUCACAGGCGCGCGUCGCCCGCCGCUGGGCCACCGCCAUGCUGCACGUGCGCCUGCACCUCGCCUACAGGCUCGCGCACGACGGCACGCUCUCUCUGCACGUGAGUACUCUACACUCACAGGCGCGCGUCGCCCGCCGCUGGGCCACCGCCAUGCUGCACGUGCGCCUGCACCUCGCCUACAGGCUCGCGCACGACGGCACGCUCUCUCUGCACGUGAGUACUCUACACUCACAGGCGCGCGUCGCCCGCCGCUGGGCCACCGCCAUGCUGCACGUGCGCCUGCACCUCGCCUACAGGCUCGCGCACGACGGCACGCUCUCUCUGCACGUGAGUACUCUACACUCACAGGCGCGCGUCGCCCGCCGCUGGGCCACCGCCAUGCUGCACGUGCGCCUGCACCUCGCCUACAGGCUCGCGCACGACGGCACGCUCUCUCUGCACGUGAGUACUCUACACUCACAGGCGCGCGUCGCCCGCCGCUGGGCCACCGCCAUGCUGCACGUGCGCCUGCACCUCGCCUACAGGCUCGCGCACGACGGCACGCUCUCUCUGCACGUGAGUACUCUACACUCACAGGCGCGCGUCGCCCGCCGCUGGGCCACCGCCAUGCUGCACGUGCGCCUGCACCUCGCCUACAGGCUCGCGCACGACGGCACGCUCUCUCUGCACGUGAGUACUCUACACUCACAGGCGCGCGUCGCCCGCCGCUGGGCCACCGCCAUGCUGCACGUGCGCCUGCACCUCGCCUACAGGCUCGCGCACGACGGCACGCUCUCUCUGCACGUGAGUACUCUACACUCACAGGCGCGCGUCGCCCGCCGCUGGGCCACCGCCAUGCUGCACGUGCGCCUGCACCUCGCCUACAGGCUCGCGCACGACGGCACGCUCUCUCUGCACGUGAGUACUCUACACUCACAGGCGCGCGUCGCCCGCCGCUGGGCCACCGCCAUGCUGCACGUGCGCCUGCACCUCGCCUACAGGCUCGCGCACGACGGCACGCUCUCUCUGCACGUGAGUACUCUACACUCACAGGCGCGCGUCGCCCGCCGCUGGGCCACCGCCAUGCUGCACGUGCGCCUGCACCUCGCCUACAGGCUCGCGCACGACGGCACGCUCUCUCUGCACGUGAGUACUCUACACUCACAGGCGCGCGUCGCCCGCCGCUGGGCCACCGCCAUGCUGCACGUGCGCCUGCACCUCGCCUACAGGCUCGCGCACGACGGCACGCUCUCUCUGCACGUGAGUACUCUACACUCACAGGCGCGCGUCGCCCGCCGCUGGGCCACCGCCAUGCUGCACGUGCGCCUGCACCUCGCCUACAGGCUCGCGCACGACGGCACGCUCUCUCUGCACGUGAGUACUCUACACUCACAGGCGCGCGUCGCCCGCCGCUGGGCCACCGCCAUGCUGCACGUGCGCCUGCACCUCGCCUACAGGCUCGCGCACGACGGCACGCUCUCUCUGCACGUGAGUACUCUACACUCACAGGCGCGCGUCGCCCGCCGCUGGGCCACCGCCAUGCUGCACGUGCGCCUGCACCUCGCCUACAGGCUCGCGCACGACGGCACGCUCUCUCUGCACGUGAGUACUCUACACUCACAGGCGCGCGUCGCCCGCCGCUGGGCCACCGCCAUGCUGCACGUGCGCCUGCACCUCGCCUACAGGCUCGCGCACGACGGCACGCUCUCUCUGCACGUGAGUACUCUACACUCACAGGCGCGCGUCGCCCGCCGCUGGGCCACCGCCAUGCUGCACGUGCGCCUGCACCUCGCCUACAGGCUCGCGCACGACGGCACGCUCUCUCUGCACGUGAGUACUCUACACUCACAGGCGCGCGUCGCCCGCCGCUGGGCCACCGCCAUGCUGCACGUGCGCCUGCACCUCGCCUACAGGCUCGCGCACGACGGCACGCUCUCUCUGCACGUGAGUACUCUACACUCACAGGCGCGCGUCGCCCGCCGCUGGGCCACCGCCAUGCUGCACGUGCGCCUGCACCUCGCCUACAGGCUCGCGCACGACGGCACGCUCUCUCUGCACGUGAGUACUCUACACUCACAGGCGCGCGUCGCCCGCCGCUGGGCCACCGCCAUGCUGCACGUGCGCCUGCACCUCGCCUACAGGCUCGCGCACGACGGCACGCUCUCUCUGCACGUGAGUACUCUACACUCACAGGCGCGCGUCGCCCGCCGCUGGGCCACCGCCAUGCUGCACGUGCGCCUGCACCUCGCCUACAGGCUCGCGCACGACGGCACGCUCUCUCUGCACGUGAGUACUCUACACUCACAGGCGCGCGUCGCCCGCCGCUGGGCCACCGCCAUGCUGCACGUGCGCCUGCACCUCGCCUACAGGCUCGCGCACGACGGCACGCUCUCUCUGCACGUGAGUACUCUACACUCACAGGCGCGCGUCGCCCGCCGCUGGGCCACCGCCAUGCUGCACGUGCGCCUGCACCUCGCCUACAGGCUCGCGCACGACGGCACGCUCUCUCUGCACGUGAGUACUCUACACUCACAGGCGCGCGUCGCCCGCCGCUGGGCCACCGCCAUGCUGCACGUGCGCCUGCACCUCGCCUACAGGCUCGCGCACGACGGCACGCUCUCUCUGCACGUGAGUACUCUACACUCACAGGCGCGCGUCGCCCGCCGCUGGGCCACCGCCAUGCUGCACGUGCGCCUGCACCUCGCCUACAGGCUCGCGCACGACGGCACGCUCUCUCUGCACGUGAGUACUCUACACUCACAGGCGCGCGUCGCCCGCCGCUGGGCCACCGCCAUGCUGCACGUGCGCCUGCACCUCGCCUACAGGCUCGCGCACGACGGCACGCUCUCUCUGCACGUGAGUACUCUACACUCACAGGCGCGCGUCGCCCGCCGCUGGGCCACCGCCAUGCUGCACGUGCGCCUGCACCUCGCCUACAGGCUCGCGCACGACGGCACGCUCUCUCUGCACGUGAGUACUCUACACUCACAGGCGCGCGUCGCCCGCCGCUGGGCCACCGCCAUGCUGCACGUGCGCCUGCACCUCGCCUACAGGCUCGCGCACGACGGCACGCUCUCUCUGCACGUGAGUACUCUACACUCACAGGCGCGCGUCGCCCGCCGCUGGGCCACCGCCAUGCUGCACGUGCGCCUGCACCUCGCCUACAGGCUCGCGCACGACGGCACGCUCUCUCUGCACGUGAGUACUCUACACUCACAGGCGCGCGUCGCCCGCCGCUGGGCCACCGCCAUGCUGCACGUGCGCCUGCACCUCGCCUACAGGCUCGCGCACGACGGCACGCUCUCUCUGCACGUGAGUACUCUACACUCACAGGCGCGCGUCGCCCGCCGCUGGGCCACCGCCAUGCUGCACGUGCGCCUGCACCUCGCCUACAGGCUCGCGCACGACGGCACGCUCUCUCUGCACGUGAGUACUCUACACUCACAGGCGCGCGUCGCCCGCCGCUGGGCCACCGCCAUGCUGCACGUGCGCCUGCACCUCGCCUACAGGCUCGCGCACGACGGCACGCUCUCUCUGCACGUGAGUACUCUACACUCACAGGCGCGCGUCGCCCGCCGCUGGGCCACCGCCAUGCUGCACGUGCGCCUGCACCUCGCCUACAGGCUCGCGCACGACGGCACGCUCUCUCUGCACGUGAGUACUCUACACUCACAGGCGCGCGUCGCCCGCCGCUGGGCCACCGCCAUGCUGCACGUGCGCCUGCACCUCGCCUACAGGCUCGCGCACGACGGCACGCUCUCUCUGCACGUGAGUACUCUACACUCACAGGCGCGCGUCGCCCGCCGCUGGGCCACCGCCAUGCUGCACGUGCGCCUGCACCUCGCCUACAGGCUCGCGCACGACGGCACGCUCUCUCUGCACGUGAGUACUCUACACUCACAGGCGCGCGUCGCCCGCCGCUGGGCCACCGCCAUGCUGCACGUGCGCCUGCACCUCGCCUACAGGCUCGCGCACGACGGCACGCUCUCUCUGCACGUGAGUACUCUACACUCACAGGCGCGCGUCGCCCGCCGCUGGGCCACCGCCAUGCUGCACGUGCGCCUGCACCUCGCCUACAGGCUCGCGCACGACGGCACGCUCUCUCUGCACGUGAGUACUCUACACUCACAGGCGCGCGUCGCCCGCCGCUGGGCCACCGCCAUGCUGCACGUGCGCCUGCACCUCGCCUACAGGCUCGCGCACGACGGCACGCUCUCUCUGCACGUGAGUACUCUACACUCACAGGCGCGCGUCGCCCGCCGCUGGGCCACCGCCAUGCUGCACGUGCGCCUGCACCUCGCCUACAGGCUCGCGCACGACGGCACGCUCUCUCUGCACGUGAGUACUCUACACUCACAGGCGCGCGUCGCCCGCCGCUGGGCCACCGCCAUGCUGCACGUGCGCCUGCACCUCGCCUACAGGCUCGCGCACGACGGCACGCUCUCUCUGCACGUGAGUACUCUACACUCACAGGCGCGCGUCGCCCGCCGCUGGGCCACCGCCAUGCUGCACGUGCGCCUGCACCUCGCCUACAGGCUCGCGCACGACGGCACGCUCUCUCUGCACGUGAGUACUCUACACUCACAGGCGCGCGUCGCCCGCCGCUGGGCCACCGCCAUGCUGCACGUGCGCCUGCACCUCGCCUACAGGCUCGCGCACGACGGCACGCUCUCUCUGCACGUGAGUACUCUACACUCACAGGCGCGCGUCGCCCGCCGCUGGGCCACCGCCAUGCUGCACGUGCGCCUGCACCUCGCCUACAGGCUCGCGCACGACGGCACGCUCUCUCUGCACGUGAGUACUCUACACUCACAGGCGCGCGUCGCCCGCCGCUGGGCCACCGCCAUGCUGCACGUGCGCCUGCACCUCGCCUACAGGCUCGCGCACGACGGCACGCUCUCUCUGCACGUGAGUACUCUACACUCACAGGCGCGCGUCGCCCGCCGCUGGGCCACCGCCAUGCUGCACGUGCGCCUGCACCUCGCCUACAGGCUCGCGCACGACGGCACGCUCUCUCUGCACGUGAGUACUCUACACUCACAGGCGCGCGUCGCCCGCCGCUGGGCCACCGCCAUGCUGCACGUGCGCCUGCACCUCGCCUACAGGCUCGCGCACGACGGCACGCUCUCUCUGCACGUGAGUACUCUACACUCACAGGCGCGCGUCGCCCGCCGCUGGGCCACCGCCAUGCUGCACGUGCGCCUGCACCUCGCCUACAGGCUCGCGCACGACGGCACGCUCUCUCUGCACGUGAGUACUCUACACUCACAGGCGCGCGUCGCCCGCCGCUGGGCCACCGCCAUGCUGCACGUGCGCCUGCACCUCGCCUACAGGCUCGCGCACGACGGCACGCUCUCUCUGCACGUGAGUACUCUACACUCACAGGCGCGCGUCGCCCGCCGCUGGGCCACCGCCAUGCUGCACGUGCGCCUGCACCUCGCCUACAGGCUCGCGCACGACGGCACGCUCUCUCUGCACGUGAGUACUCUACACUCACAGGCGCGCGUCGCCCGCCGCUGGGCCACCGCCAUGCUGCACGUGCGCCUGCACCUCGCCUACAGGCUCGCGCACGACGGCACGCUCUCUCUGCACGUGAGUACUCUACACUCACAGGCGCGCGUCGCCCGCCGCUGGGCCACCGCCAUGCUGCACGUGCGCCUGCACCUCGCCUACAGGCUCGCGCACGACGGCACGCUCUCUCUGCACGUGAGUACUCUACACUCACAGCACUGGGUAUUCCAACAAGAUUCGGUGCCAGCUCAUAGAGCGAAGAGCACACAAGAUUGGCUGGCGGUGCGUGAAAUCGACUUCAUCCGGCACGAAGACUGGCCCUCCUCCAGUCCAGAUUUGAAUCCGUUAGAUUACACGAUAUGGCAACACUUGGAGGAAAAGGCGUGCUCAAGGCCUCAUCCCAAUCUGGAGUCACUCAAGACAUCCUUGAUUAAGGCAGCCGCCGAUAUUGACAUGGACCUUGUGGCGAACAUCCCGUUGCGCUGCGUGUGGGAAGUGGCGAUGCGCCUAGAGUUGGUGAUUGAAGACGCUCGCCAGGCGGUGUGGCCGCGCGCCGGACACGUGCACGUGCGUGACGUCACACACGGGCAUGACGUCACGAAGGUGAAGGAAGACGUGGAACGCCUGCUCACACGGGUGCCGCACGACUGGGGGCACGUGCCGAAUACUAUAUGGAAAGUUUUCAGGUACCUGAAGAACAAGACGAAAGACAACGAACUGCUUGGAAUUUAG